AUGUUUCGCUGUGACGAUGACGCAUCCAUCAGCAGUGCGAAGGACAUGAUUCCCAUCGGUCUCCCACAACCUCCCCUGGUUGUCGAGAAACCUCAGAAACCUGGGCCUACUUCAGCUUCCGUCUCCGACUGGGCCUGCUUCAUCGCCGAGCUGGGCAUGGCCGGCUCCCCAAAGUUCAUAUUCCAACGCCCAGAACCCGAUAUCUGCGUUGAAGUGGCUCCUUGGCACCGGCUCAAGAUCUACAGAAACGCGCUAUGUCCAAACGGCACGGAAGCCAAGCUUGCGAGGUGGCUGGACAGCGGCUGCGCUGGAGAGCCGAUGACAGUGUCAUCACUGGACGAAGACUAUGAUGGUAAAAAUGGCGAGUCAAAGUGCAUUGAGAUGGGGGACGAUUAUAAAACUCGCUAUGCCUUCUGGUGCACUGGCGAUGUAAAGAGCGGGACGGUCGACCAGAGCUUGUUCCCGGACGACGAUGGAGAACAGAUCCAUCUGCACUACUCCUUUGGGGAUCCUUAUCAAGACGCAUCUAUCGAGUCAAACGCACCAACGAACCGAGCCUGGAUGGAUGUUUUACUCACGGCACUCCUCUUAUGUUGUUUAUUCUAG